CCUCGAUGGCCCGCUUGCAACAUCUCGGUGUGAGCGGGUCCUUACAAAUUCGGCGCGCAUUUUCGAAAUUAGAAUUUUAAAAUCUUCUUUAGUGGCCUGUGUUGUGAAAAGUGACCAGUUAUGUGUCAGUGCAGUGAAUUUUAAAUAAGGAAUUUUAUUUGACGGAAUGACAGGAGUGAGGUGAAUGCAUCCCGUUUUUCAUUACUGAAGUGACAGUGCCUUGAGAAAAAAGUGCAGUGAACAGGAUUACGUUGAAAAUGGAACGUGGUGUUUCACAGUUCUAAAUUUAAAAAUUCAAAUUUGUGUCCGAAGUAAAUUAACGAAUUGGAUUUUAGAUAACUGAACAUCAGUUCGGUUGGCUAAAAUCUUAAAAAAAAAUAAGUUUUAAUUGGCAUUUAAAUUUUAUUUAGCAAAUAUUUUUUAAAGUCAAAUAAAUUCUUCUUUCUGCUGUGGUUUUCUCUUUACAGAUUUUUUAUUUUGAUAAGGAGCAACCUAGUAUACGGGAACAAGUGUUAAAGUAGUUACAAUAAAUCAAUAAGUGCCUUAUAUCAUUCUUAUUAAGUGGAAAAGAAGAAGAUAAAAACAAAACCACGGAGACAAAAUGCCAAAAAAAUUAUUACUCUUCAAAAAGAUAAUACCUGAAAUAAACUUCGCUAAGAGAAAUCUCACAUCACCUCUCGGCCGGAAUAUAUUCAUCAGUUAAACUGGUGAUAAGAAAAAAAAACUAAACAAAAUCAACAAAGUUGAAGAAACAGUGGGGAGUGCCAUAAAGUUUUUUCAAAGAAAAAUUCUUAUGGUCAUACAAGAAAAAUACAAAAAAAAGUUGCCUUACACGACAUAGUCGAAAACAACAAUAUAAUAGAAGAAAAAAUAAAUCAAUCAAAAAGAAACACCAAAACGUUCAGUGAUACUAGUGUAACAGCAAUGCGAAUGCGAUUCGCCCAACACAAACAUUGGCCGAAAAUAACCUAAAAAGGAUUUUAAAAAAUUAUAAAGAAAACUUUGACAUUUCGAAUUUUAAAAUGAACAGCCAGUUCAGCCACGAGUUGUUCGGAUCUCAGUGGCCUCCCGACCAGCAUGGGGGCCACUCGUCUGCAUCCACUAUGCUGCAUCAGUCCCCGAUGCCGCAGCUGCAGCUGAAGAGGGAACCCCAUACUGAAGUCCAGGGAGUGAUGCAUAACCAAAUGGGGAUGGAUAUAUCGGGGUCUGUCGCAGACAGUACUUCACCACCACCAGGCAGCAGUGACGGGAUGUUCGGAUCUUCAAUCUCUGGAAUGUUUAUGGAUAAAAAAGCCGCGAACUCUAUUAGAGCUCAAAUUGAAAUAAUACCAUGCAAAGUGUGCGGUGACAAGUCAUCAGGAGUCCACUACGGGGUGAUCACGUGCGAAGGAUGCAAAGGCUUCUUCAGGAGAUCACAGAGCACAGUGGUGAACUACCAGUGCCCCCGAAACAAAGCGUGCGUGGUGGACCGCGUGAACCGCAACAGAUGUCAGUACUGCCGUCUACAGAAGUGUCUCAAGCUGGGCAUGAGCCGUGAUGCGGUGAAGUUUGGGCGCAUGUCGAAGAAACAGCGUGAGAAGGUCGAAGAUGAGGUGCGGUUUCACCGGGCUCAAUUGAGGGCGCAGACGGACGCGGCGCCAGACUCUGUGUACGACGCCCAACAACAGACGCCAAGCUCGAGCGACCAAUUCCACAACCAUUACAAUGGCUACCCGAGCUAUAACUCCCCGCUGUCCUCCUACGGCUACAACAACCCGCCAGCGCUGACGUCCAAUAUUAGCGGGAUCCAGCCGCCGCCGCCGCAGCAGCAGUACGAUGUCGGUGCUGACUACGUCGACUCCACCACGUACGAGCCCAAGCCCACUGCUGGGUUCCUGGACCCAGACUUCAUUGGACACGACGAUCAGAAAUCGACCAUCGUCCGGCCGUCCGGCUCCACUACAGCAACGACCUCAACAACAACCAUGCGGCAGACAACAGUCACAGAAGUACCACGAAACAGAAUCUCGGAAUUCGACAGAUACGAAGAAAGGAUCCAAUCGCCAGCCACAAUUUCCAGCGUCAUAAACAUAAAACAAGAAAUUAAACCGGAAACGUCGAUCGGUGUCGACAAUUUGGUCCCGAGUUAUGUCGACUCGACAACAUUUUUGCACAGUCCGUCUAAUAUACAACACAGUCCUAUGGACAUUCAGAACUCUGUGCUUGUCUCUGGACAGAGUUCUGUGUCGUUGACUAGCGAGGAUUUGAGCCCUGAUGACCUGACGUCCAGCAGUGGACACAGCCGGCUCAUGGACCCGAUGAAUUUGAAUAUGUCUGGCAUGGGCAUGGUGAAUCCCAACGCUGUGACCAAUAGACGCCAUCAAGGGUCGAGCCAUAGCGAAGAUCUGCCCAGUGAGGGCGACAUCAGUAAGGUUCUCGUCAAGAGCUUGGCCGAGGCACACGCCAACACCAAUCCGAAACUGGAGUUCAUUCACGAGAUGUUCAGGAAACCGCCGGACGUGUCCAAACUAUUGUUCUAUAACUCGAUGACGUACGAGGAGAUGUGGCUGGACUGCGCGGACAAAUUGACAGGAAUGAUACAGAACAUCAUAGAGUUUGCCAAGCUCAUCCCUGGGUUCAUGAAGCUGACGCAGGACGACCAGAUCCUGCUUCUGAAGUCGGGAUCGUUUGAGCUGGCCAUCGUGCGGCUGUCGCGGCUGAUUGACGUGAACCGCGAUCAGGUGCUGUACGGAGACGUCGUGCUGCCCAUCAGGGAGUGUGUACACGCGCGUGACCCACGCGACAUGUCGCUGGUGGUCGGAAUCUUCGACGCGGCGAAAACGAUCGCUAGACUUAAACUGACUGAGACUGAAUUGGCUCUGUAUCAGAGCCUUGUGCUGCUGUGGCCUGAGCGGCACGGCGUGCGCGGCAACCACGAGAUCCAGUGCCUGUUCAACAUGUCGAUGUCUGCGAUCCGGCUCGAGCUGGACGCCAGCCACGCGCCGCUCAAGGGCGACGUCACCGUGCUCGACACGCUGCUGGCCAAGAUACCCACCUUCAGAGAACUAUCGCUGAUGCAUUUGGAAGCGCUGUGCCGCUUCAAGGCGGCCCACCCUCACCACGUGUUCCCGGCUCUAUACAAAGAACUCUUCUCUUUAGACAGCGUCCUCGAUCCAUACACCCACGGAUAAACAGCGGCCCACUUCAAAAAUUCGACGUUCGAUCUCAUUAAACUUGGCGAAAUAUCGAACAUUUAAAAAAGACUUGACAGCUAUUUUUUUAAUUCCUUCCCGAAAAUUAACGACACCUAAAACGUAAUUGUUAAUCUAUUUAUAAUUGUAUGUAUGUACUCUGAGACUGUUAUGAUAUUUACGUAUUAGUACGUACGUACAAUAUUAAUAUUUAAAUGUUUAUUUAAUUUUGAAUCUAGGGACGUAGUAGGUGUCGCCAAUUUUUUUUUUUAAAUACAUUUAUCUCGGUAAUAGUGGUCGUAUAUAUUUUUUGUUAUGUGUUUUAUUUUUUCAUAACAAAAAUGUAGAUUAUGGGAAUAUAUGAAACCUGAUUUUGAGACCUUUAUAUAAAUACAUAAUAAUGCACAGAUGUUUUGUUGUGUGUUUGUAUAUAGAGGUGUAUCUUAAUAUAAUUAUCAUAAAUGUAUCUAACUUUGAUGAAGAAAUAAUAAUUAUUAUUAUAUAAAGAUAUAAUAAUAGAAAUAGAGUUUUUAUUAAGAAAUAAAUAAAGAAGUUAUAACAGUGUAGUAUCGUUAAUAUCACACAUCGGUUUCUUUCAAAUGGAACUUUAAGUAAUAGGUCUUUUAAUUAUUUUUAACAGUUUUUUUUUUAAAGAGAAUUGUAACUUGUUAUUUAUUUCAAAUGAUUAUUAUUAUUGAUGUUUUUUUUUCUCUUCAAUGUAGAAUGUAUAAGUUGUAAUAUAGGAAUACUGAUACUGCCCUUUUUGUACUUUUCCGUUGGCUUGGAUGUGGAAGCGAUGAAAAGUAACAAAAUCAUAAGUAACGUAAUAUAUAGUACAUAAUAAGUUGAAUAACGUGUUAUUGUGCGGUGCAUUGAACAAAAUUGCAGUUGAACAUAUAUUAUUAUUAUUAUUAUCAUAAUAUUAAAUGGAAGAAUCAAAUUUGUACGGAUCAAAAUCACUUCGUACCAUAAAAAUAGCAGGCAAUUAAUUUAUUUUUCGUAGAAAUAAAUUUUGAUCUCAUUAAUUUUUUUGCACAUUCUUCGCUCGGGUGCCAUGUCUUGGAGUGUCUCACACUUUUUGCAUAAUAAAUAAAUGAAAGAAAGAAAGUACACAAUCAAUGCAUAAUAAUCCCGAUGUUGAUUUUGAAUAAGUACAUUUUUAUACGUAAUUUUACAGCAGUUGUUAGCUUGCGCUUGUUUUGUACGUAUCGCGAACGAUUUUGUUUUCUAAUCAAAAUUGCCUGCUAUGAUAUAAUUAGAACAUUAACCAUCAAUUUUUCUAACACUUACGCUAAGUUUUGUCGAAUAGCCUUUACUUAUAGACUGGUUUAUAUUAAUGUUAAAAAAAAAGUAUAAAUCUUAACUCGUAUUUUGUAAAUAGAUUAAAAUCAUAUGUAUUUUAUAUUAAAUAUCAUAAGGUUCAAUGGGUUAUUUUUAAUUUUACAUUCUAUUAAAAAGUGAAACAAAUUUUCCACCAUGAACUACGGGAUAGAAAAUCUUGAAUGAUCAUGUGAAAAGUGUUGUUUUUUUUUCUCCUUUCUAUAUAUUAUAUAUUUUUUGUUAAAUAAAGCAAUCUGUUAUUGUCUA